AUGAGAAUAGAACGUCGGAUUAUAAAAGUGGAUUGUUUCAGAGGAAUUGUUAAUUUUGGUAUCAUGUAUAUACGAGAAUUGACAUUAGAAUUGACAUUAGAAUUGACAUUAGAAUUGACAUUAGAAUUGACAUUAGAAUUGACAUUAGAAUUGACAUUAGAAUUGACAUUAGAAUUGACAUUAGAAUUGACAUUAGAAUUGACAUUAGAAUUGACAUUAGAAUUGACAUUAGAAUUGACAUUAGAAUUGACAUUAGAAUUGACAUUAGAAUUGACAUUAGAAUUGACAUUAGAAUUGACAUUAGAAUUGACAUUAGAAUUGACAUUAGAAUUGACAUUAGAAUUGACAUUAGAAUUGAAAUUAGAAUUGACAUUACAAUUGACAUUAGAAAUGACAUUAUAA